AGGAGUUUCGAAGUCGGAAAUGUCCGAGUUCUGAGCUGUCUUUUGCCGUGUUUACGUUAGAUUUGGUUUUAGUUGUUUUAAAGCAUAUUGAGUUCGUUCCUAAAUCUAUAUAUAGUUUGGCACAUUAGUCGUUAAUACGGUAACACAUUUGUAUCAUACCAAUAUCCAAAAGGACUUUUACUUUGAAAAAAAAAAAAACACUUUUCCUUCCGGAAUCAUCCGUCUACUGUUGCUGUCUCCGUUUAGCUAGCUUGCAUGAAAUAUCUUUCUAGAAACCUCGAAAAACGACGACGUACUUUCUUGAAGAUUGAAUCGUCAAAAUGGGUUACAAUAAAUUCCGAGGCAACGCUACUCGGAAGAUGUCGAAGACGUUAGCUCUGACUGUUCUAGCCUGUUUGUCGUUCUGCAUCUGUGUUUGCAGGGCAGAGGAUAGUGCCAUGGAGAACAUGGUAACAGAGAGGAAGGUUGAGGAUAACCACAGACAAGACAGUGCCGACCUGCUGAUUUUCAUCAUGCUCCUAACCCUCACGAUUUUAACCAUAUGGUUAUUCAAGCACCGUCGUUUCAGGUUUUUGCAUGAAACGGGACUGGCUAUGAUCUAUGGCGUGCUGGUUGGGGUGGUCCUGCGCUAUGGUAUCCACGUACCCCGUGACAUUAGUAACGUCACCCUCAGUUGCCAUGUCAACGCCAGCCCACCCACACUGCUCGUCAACGUCAGCGGCAAGUUCUACGAGUACAGCCUGAAGGGUGAGAUCAGCGCCUCUGAGAUCAGUGAUGUACAGGACAACGAGAUGCUUCGCAAGGUGACCUUUGACCCUGAGGUGUUCUUCAACAUCCUCCUGCCCCCUAUCAUCUUCCAUGCCGGCUACAGUCUGAAGAGGAGACACUUCUUCAGGAACAUGGGGUCCAUCCUGGCCUACGCCUUUCUGGGAACAGUCAUAUCAUGUUUCAUCAUUGGGUUGCUGAUGUACGGCUGUGUCACGCUGAUGAAGCAGGUCGGACAGCUUGACGGGGACUUUUUCUUCACAGACUGUCUGUUGUUUGGAGCCAUUGUCUCUGCAACUGACCCAGUGACGGUGCUGGCCAUCUUCAACGAGCUGCAGGUGGACGUGGAUCUGUAUGCUCUGCUGUUUGGAGAGAGCGUUCUCAAUGACGCCGUGGCCGUGGUGCUGUCCUCGUCCAUCGUGUCGUACCAGCCGGAGGGGGACAACAGUCACACCUUUGAGGUGAUGGCCAUGUUGAAGUCCUUUGGGAUGUUCCUGGGUGUCUUCAGUGGAUCAUUCGCCCUGGGAGUGGCCACCGGGGUCAUGACGGCGCUCGUCACUAAGUUCACUAAGCUGAGGGACUUCCAGCUACUGGAGACUGCCCUCUUCUUCCUCAUGUCCUGGAGCACCUUCUUAAUGGCAGAGGCCUGUGGCUUCACAGGUGUGGUGGCAGUGCUUUUCUGCGGGAUCACUCAGGCUCAUUACACCUUCAACAACCUGUCCCCUGAAUCACAGGACAGGACCAAACAGUUGUUUGAGCUGCUGAACUUCCUGGCAGAGAAUUUCAUCUUCUCCUACAUGGGUCUGGCCCUUUUCACCUUCCAGAACCACAUCUUCAACCCCACCUUCAUCGUGGGCGCUUUUCUGGCAGUGUUCCUGGGCAGAGCAGCCAACAUCUACCCCCUGUCCUUCCUGCUCAACCUUGGACGCAGGAACAAGAUCAGCUCCAACUUCCAACACAUGAUGAUGUUUGCAGGGUUGCGUGGGGCGAUGACUUUUGCCCUCUCCAUCCGGGACACGGCUACCUACGCCCGUCAGAUGAUGUUCACAACCACCCUCCUCAUCGUCUUCUUCACUGUAUGGGUCUGUGGAGGCGGAACCACCCAGAUGCUUUCCUGUCAGCACAUACGUGUGGGUGUAGAUUCGGAUGCAGAUAACUCAAUGAGCAUGACAGAGGGAUCAGAGCGGCGGAGCACCAAACACGAGAGUGCCUGGCUCUUCAGGAUCUGGUACAACUUUGACCACAACUACCUGAAGCCCAUCCUGACCCACAGCGGCCCUCCUCUCACCGUCACCAUGCCUGCCUGCUGUGGACCACUGGCCAGAUGCCUCACCAGCCCACAGGCCUACGAGAACGAGUGCCAGCUGAAGGACGAUGAUUCGGACCUCAUCCUGACGGACGGGGACAUCAGCCUGACCUACGGUGACAUCACGGUGAGCACGGACGCCAGCGGCGCCCACAUCAGCGCCGGGCCCGCAGGCACCACCUCCGCCGUCAUCUCCGCCGAUGACCUGGACCGCGAGCUGACGUACGGUGACCACGAGCUGGUGAUGAGGGGCACCCGCCUGGUCCUGCCCAUGGAUGACUCCGAGCCCCCCCUCGCGGACCCCCGACACCGUAUGCGGAUGUGAGGCGAAAGAGAGGCCAGCUAGCCAGAUGACCAAUUCACUCUCCGUCCUGCUCACCUUAAUCUGCAGGAAUGAGAUCAACUAAGAUCAGCAAGAGACUGGUCUCUCUCUGUCUGUCUGUUUGUCUCUCUGACUGUGCCUGUCUGUCUUUCUCUCUCUCUUUCCUUUUCUCUCAUACUGCUCAUCACCUCUCUCACUCUCCCUCACUCUCGUUCCUCUUUGAGUUUCUCAAGUGGCUAAUCCAUGUCUCUACCUCAUUCUUGUUUGCUCAUUUGUACUCCUAUCGCCAUCACUGUAAUAUGAAGUAUUUAUUCAUGUUUUCUUUUGAUUUGGUGAAACCGAUAGCUUUUCUCAGUUUGUCUUCUAAUAGGACCACGUGGCAAUCUUGUCACAGUAGCGUUGUAGAGGACUCGAUAAGAGUCUAUGCGCAUGCAUUAGUCUAUGUGUGGAGGUCACAGUACAACAGCUAGUUUGUCUCUGUAUCACAAGGUGUGUAAUAACGGUGACAUGCUAACUGUGCAUGCUAAAUUGUGCAUCCUUUUUCUAUGCGUGGGGAGUGAGAAGGUUGAGAGGCUGAUUUGAGUUUGUAGCCUUGUUUUUGGGUCGGAUCCUGAAUGUUACUGCCUUCUCUGUGUGAUCCAAGGCAUGCUGACUUGAUUUAAUGGCUCUGCGUUGCAUUUUGUUGCUAUGUGAAUACGGUUACAAUCAAGUGCCUCAGUGACCACUGUAGUUUUAUUUUCCCUUUUUAGAAGUAAUACACUCCUCCGUCCACAUGGUGGCGACGUUUUCUAUGCGUGACGGGCUGUCUGCGUUUGAGCCGUUGGGCUGUGGACUGUUACAAUGUUAAAAGCCUGGUUGAAUGACAAUGGAAGGACAGUGGUUUAACCAGGCUAACAGUGUAGCCUGGCACACUGUCUUGGACUUCCCACAACGACCUUAGACUGUGACUUUGGGAGGGUUUGACACCUUACUUUAGAAGCUGAUGUCACUCACCACAGAUGCAGAAAGAAGGGCUGUCGUUUUGAAUACCAGAUCCAAAUCUCCCGUACGGUGAAAGCUCGUGCCAUUUUUCUCCUGCAUUGACAUUUUAUGAAAAGAGUGCAGACAGCCUCAAAAUACUUUGUAUGUAUUUUACAACAUACUAUAAGUACUUUAGCUACAUAACUCAUUGUCACUGUAAUUAUACGAUACUGUAUGCGUAACAUGGUGAAAUAUUUGAUAUUAGGGACUGCAAUGUUAACUAUUAUCAAAUCUACUGUGGACUUUCUAUCUGUGCUAAGCUCUUGCUUCCUACUGGCUAAGAUCUAUCUGGUUAUUCACUGCGUUGAAGUAGUAUACAGGGAACAUGCGACAGUAGCUCUUGAUCAAGGAUCAAAUUUGCUUUGUUUUUGUCAAAUUUGUCUGGAAUUUACAUUUUGUGGAUCAACAAUGUUUCAUCUGUUCAUCCUUUCUUAACCAAUUCUAUUUCAAAUUGAAUUUGCUUCAUUUGGAUUACUUAUGGGAAUGGCCUGAGGUAUGUCCGUGUCAAAAGAUUGAGGGGCUGCACUGUAUAUACUGGACCGCAGUUCAACUGUUAACUGCCCUGAGUUACUGGUCUAUUGGCUACAUGGUCCCUGAUACUGUAUGAUGUUGUGAUGUCUCGCAUAGUAUGUAGAAAUCCCUCACAACUUGAAUAGGCAAGUUGGGGUAACAUUUCGGAUGAAAUGAUUCAGAAUAGAUAUUUUGAGAAGAAAACGGAAUGGUUGUACAAAAGGAAUUUGUGCUAAUCUUUAUUUGUGUAAAAUUAUUAUACAAUAGGUUUGUAUUAGACUUACACUAGUCUAAUGUAUCCUAUAUGCCUCGCUGUAUGGGGUUUGGCCUGAUUUUAUAGCUGAUGCCUGGCCUCUGAGUAGCUCUUCUAAGCUUCUUGUCUAUAUGGGCUCUGCCCUGUGACUGGUCUGCGAUCAGAGUGAGUAGCUCCUCUGAGCUGCUUGGAUUCAUGUGCUCUACCCUUUUGACUGUUCUGGGAUCAGCGGUGGCUGUUAGUGUAGUGCAGCAGGAACUGUUGACAGGCCACCUGCCUGGCAACGCACUGUUGAUAUGGAUGGAAUCAGGCACUGUGCCAGACAAUACUACAGAUGAGGGAGGGAGUAGGAGAGCGAAUGAGGCAGGGUAGGAGCUGAGGAGAGGGAGGUAGAGAUGAAUAGUGUACAUUUUUCCUAGACAUGGCUUGGUCUUUCCCUCAGUGUUACCUCCUGCUGUGCAGGAACCUCUGACGGCACGUGUCUUCUCUCUUCGUUUUUAUCAGGCAUGCCUCUUGACACCACAGUGUGCAGUUAAUUAUUUUUUCCCCCCUCUAUUUUCUGUUUGUUUCCCUCUAUACAUUUUUUUUUUUAUUCUUGAUGAAGAAGGGAAAUAAGGCGAAAGCAUUGAGGAUGUUGCAGCAUUUGCACUUGGUCUUUUGAGAAUCGUUUGUUUCAGUUUGCUUCGAUUGUCUUGCAUGUGACAUUUGUCCUACUUUUGAGCUGCUUUUAACUGGCUUUGAAUUACAUGUUGGGUUUAUAAUGAAAUGAAAAGGAAUUCACAUGAAUCCAGGGAAAUGUGAUCCAUUUAUGUACAGGUUAUUAUGGCCUAUGUUACCAAGAGAAACAAGAUUGGCCUCAUUCCUAUUCCAUGCCAUUGACUGUCUUCACAACAACAAGAAGGUCAAAAAUCAAGAGUGUGUACCAGUCUACCACUGACAGAUCUAAUGUUGUAGGUCAAAAAAGCCCCUUGUAGGUCUACUUAUAUUUGCCAGUACUGUUCUUACAGUAUGUGUUCCAUUUUUGAUUUGAACUGUCAAUGGUAACUUGUAAUUAACUUGUUGACACUAGUCUGAAGUAGCUGACCAAAGGGGCUUGUUGUGCUCUGUGUUUUCAGACUGUCCCCUCUGUGUUUAUACUGCUACUUCGCUGUGUGUGUGUGUCUGCUGUAAUGCCUGUGUGUGUGUGUGUCUGCUGUAAUGCGUGUGUGUCUGCUGUAAUGUGUGUGUGUGUGUGUGUCUGCUGUAAUGCGUGUGUGUGUGUGUCUGCUGUAAUGCGUGUGUGUGUGUGUGUGUGUGUGUGUCUGUGUAAUGCGCGCGUGUGUGUGUGUGUGUGUGUGUGUGUGUGUGUGUGUGUCUGCUGUAAUGCGUGUGUGUGUCUGCUGUAAUGUGUGUGUGUCUGCUGUAAUGCGUGUGUGCCACACUGUGCUCCCCCAGUGUUGCAGGUACUGACUGUUUACAUCUCUGUAAAUAUUCCUCACCUGUUCCAAGUUGCGUGCAAAAUAUUCAAUAAACAGAAUCCUGUGCUUUGGAUUGAACCCCUC